AUAUAUAUAUAUAUUAUUUGCAGAAGCUCACCAUUAACGCAGAUUUCGCCUGUCUGAUCGCCUUCUAUUUCGGUCUCUCCUCUUGUCUGAAUCAAAACAGAGGACAGAGAAAAUCAAAAUUUUCUUUCUUUCUUUCUGGAAGGAGGGAGAGAGAGUAAAGAGAGAGAGAAAGAACACGGGGGGGGAACAAAAAGGAAGGGACACCAUAUCCGACAAAUCAACGGUAAUCUCAAAAAUCUCAAAAGAUUUCCGUCCCCGACGAAUCAGAAAGAAAAAAAAUCCCCAUUUCCUUAAAAUUUUCUCUCCCUCCAACCCUAUUUUCAACUACAUAUAUAUGUCUACCGGUGGUGCCACCGGUUCGAGUUCCUGUCCUGGAAGUCCAAGGCCUCACCGUCGCCGAGUCGGAGACGUAACAGAUACAGAAAAGGGUUCACCAGUAGAUUGCUACGGCGCCGGCGCCGGAGGCGGAGGCGGAGGGGUGUCUAUGGAAAUCGAUGAUUCCGGUACUGGAUGUCACUAUGGACACACUGUGGUUCGAUUCUUGUCAGUGAUAGGGAAAAAAGGGAUCUCAUUUCCUGAUUGUGUACAGUUUUUAAUUCGGAGGAAUUUGGGAAGAAAAAUAUUUGGGUUUUUGUUGAUUAUACUUAUGGUAUCGAUGUUCUUGAAGUUGUCGUUUAUGACUGGAGGUAAUGUGGAAAUUGAGACGAUGCAGUUGAAGGAGAAUCCUCCAUUGAUUCGUUUUCCAGAUGAUCAUGUUAGACCUGAACGGGUUGUAUCUGAAAUUGAGACUUUGGUUCGCAAACCCACGUUGGAUGACAAAUUACCGGUGUCUGAAAUUUGGGCAAAACCAAACAGUGAAAACUACUAUAAAUGCAUAUCUCGGCCCAAGAAUCGUUUAAGGACUGGUUCUGCAACCAACGGUUAUAUUCUUGUUCAUGCCAAUGGAGGGUUGAAUCAAAUGAGAACAGGGAUUUGCGAUAUGGUGGCUGUUGCCAAGAUCAUGAACGCAACCUUAGUCCUUCCAUCACUUGAUCAUGAGUCCUUCUGGACAGAUCCAAGUGAUUUUAAAGAUAUAUUUGAUUGGAAACACUUCAUUCAAUCUCUCGACAAAGAUAUCGAUAUAAUCGAAACUCUUCCUUCACAUAUUGCGUCGAAGACCCCCCUUCUCAAGGCUCCUGUUUCUUGGUCUACGUCCAGUUACUAUAGAGGAGAAAUGUUGAAAUUGUUGAAGCAACAUAAGGUGAUCAAGUUUACGCACACCGAUUCUCGACUAGCUAACAAUGGCCUUCCGCCUUCCAUACAAAGACUCCGUUGUCGUGCCAAUUACCACUCCCUUCGUUACACUCCCGAGAUUGAAGGCCUUGCCAAAAACCUCGUCAACCGAUUAAGAACAAAUGGAGAACCAUUUAUUGCCCUCCAUUUAAGAUACGAAAAAGAUAUGCUUGCUUUCACGGGUUGCAGCAAUAAUCUAACAUCAAUUGAGACAGAAGAGCUCCGUUUAAUGAGGUAUAGCGUAAAGCAUUGGAAAGAAAAAGAGAUAAAUAGCAAAGAGAGAAGACUAGAAGGAGGUUGUCCUAUGUCUCCUAGAGAAGCCGCCAUGUUUCUUAAGGCCAUGGGGUACCCUUCGACUACGAACAUAUACAUAGUCGCGGGUGAGAUUUACGGGGAGAAUAGUAUGGACCCGUUUCGUGAGGAGUAUCCAAAUGUUUUCUCUCAUUCAACAUUGGCAACUGAGGAUGAAUUGGAGCCGUUGAAGAAUUAUCAGAAUAGGCUUGCCGCGUUGGAUUAUAUAGUCGCUCUAGAUAGCGACGUUUUCGUGUACACUUAUGAUGGAAACAUGGCGAAAGCGGUUCAAGGUCAUAGGAUGUUUGAAGGGUUUAAGAAAACCAUUAGCCCCGACAAGGUAAAUUUUGUUAGGUUGAUUGAUCAGUUUGACGAGGGCGUGUUACCUUGGGAAGAUUUUUCUUCUAAGGUGAAGGAAAUGCACAAACAUAGGCUUGGAGGCCCGUCUCUUAGACAACCGGGUGAUAUUCCAAGAUUGGAGGAUAACUUUUACGCCAAUCCUUUCCCCGGUUGUGUUUGCAAUAGGUCCGAAGACAACAGGUCGAGUAGGUUAAGAAAUGGUCAAUAGUCCGUGGACGGGCUCUUCACAAAGAUAAUAGUAUUAUAUAGUACUAUUUGAAACUUAUACCUAAACCCUAGCGCCAUGGCUCGGAGGCUAAGGAUAUUUUAGAGGUUGGGCAUAAGAUUUCAAGCUAUUGGAAAAGUUUGAAGGUGGUAUGAUGGGAAGAUAAGAUACAAGGAAAACACUUUUUUUAUCUACUAGUAAAUUAUAAUAGAUUCGUUAUUCUUUCCACAUGAUUCAUGUAUUUUGUUUCAAAUUUGGUUAGAAUCACAUAUUUGUAAAUUAUGCUAAUAGAAGAUAUAUAUGAAAUGAUAUCCUUUUAAAUUUUAUCUUU